AUGGCUUUCGCAGCGCCACCGCCCAAGGCGCACUGCUUUACCUUCAGUGCUCCAGAGGGGAGCACCGUCGACGAUGUUAUCGACGCCCUUGAAGUAGUAACCGGCUCAGCCGGUAUGAAGUCCCUCCAACACAUGGGAGGCGUAAAGUUCGGCGCCGCAGCCGAAAACGUCCCUGCAGCCACCAAGCUGAACAGCCGGGGCGCCAUUCUUUUGAACGGCGGAUCAGUUCCACUCGUCAACGUCGGUCCUGAAAUAGUUCAUGUCACAGUCUUCCGGGUACCACCAGCUGCAGUAGCGGCAGCCGACGAACAACAGGGCAACGACUUCACGCCCCCAACGCCCGCACUGCAAGAAGAAUUUUCGGCGCUCGAGACUGAGAGCGAUACCGACACACCGAAUACUGAAUCCCAUGCCGAAUCACAAGACGCAGGAGACCUGCCUCCUCCGUCUGAGAAAGUGUCAUCAACCCCCUGCGCCCCAGCCGAGACCAGCGACUCCUCGCCGGACGCCUAUGAGGACCACAGUGCGUCCAAAGCCGAAGCGCCAGUGUCCGUACCUAGCAGAGACCACGAGAGCUGCAGCUCCGACACAGGUGGUACUACCAGCAGCUCCGAGGCGCCGAGAACUUCGAUGGCACGCGGCACUCGACCAACGGGACGUGCAGAAGCCCCGAUCAUCGGCCCAGACAAGACCACGACCGUGAUUAUGCCUCCGACGGCGACGAGCACCCGAGCCAGCAGAUACUCUGCUCAGACUCGCAAACUGAGCCUGAACCUGUCCAACCCACUUUACAAGAUCACAGGUUCGGCCGCCGGUAUGAGUGACGGUGCCAGUGUCAUGGAAAUAGAGCGUCAAGCCACCAAACGUGUCCACCCACAGACCACGGACUCUGAGGGCUCGACGGACAGUAGUAAGCUCCAAAAACUCGCUAAUGCUCUGACGACGUCAGAGCAUCUCUCUCUUUAG